AUGACGGGUUUUGUCCUCCUGGGCUUCCCAUCCCUUUCACACUCAUUCCAGCUGCUCCUGUGCUCCCUCCUUUCCAUUUGUUAUGCCUUCACCUUGGUGGGGAACCUCUGCAUCGUGGGGGCUGUUCUCUUGGACUCUCGACUCAGCCGCCUGCCCAUGUAUAUCCUCCUGGGAAACUUUUCUGGCCUAGAGAUGUGCUACAUAACCACCACAGUACCCAGGAUGCUCUUCGAUCUGACCUCUCCUCUACCAGAUGCCAUUUCUUUCCAUGGCUGUUUCCUCCUUUAUUUUUUCUUUUCUAUGGGAACCACCGAAAGCUUCCUUCUUGCUGCAAUGGCCUUAGACCGAUACUUGGCCAUCUGCCACCCAUUGAGAUACCCAGUGCUCAUGUCUCAAAGGUUUUGCUGCAUCCUGGCUGCUUCCUGCUGGGCCUCUGGCUUUCUCUGGUUUCUGGCACCCAUCAUUUUGAUUUCCCAGCUCCAUUUCUGUGGCUCCAACAUCCUCGACCACUUUAUCUGCGAUCCAGGACCACUCUUGGCUUCUUCAUGCACUCCAGCCCCAGGCACAGAAAUGGCCUUCUACAGCCUCAGCCCACUGCUAUUUUGGUGUGUGUUCCUCUUUAUUGUUUCCUCCUAUGCUACUCUCCUCUGGACAGUAACGAGGUUGCCUUCAAGCACUGGGAGACGGAAGGCAUUUUCCACUUGUACUUCACACAUGAUAGUGGUAAGCCUCUUCUAUGGCUCCAUCAUGGUCACUUAUGUAGCCCCUGAAGCUUCAGGAGGAAGCAACAAAGUGGUGACACUUUUCUAUUCAGUCCUGACCCCUUUGCUCAACCCACUCAUUUACAGCUUGAGGAACAAGGAGAUGAAAGAUGCUAUAAAAAGGACACUAUUCCAGGAAAAUUUGGGAACUGUGAUUCAUGGAUAGUUAGUCUUCACCUUGGUCAGAAGCUCCUGGGAUCUUUUAUACUUUAAUCAUUUUAAUGGGUUUUCAAGUACAAAAAUAAUCCAAACAACGAAGAACUAGAGUACAAUGAUAGUAUGUUCUUAGUUUAAAUAAUAUUAUGGAAUAAAGAAAAGUACUAUCCUUAAAGAACAGUAAUGUCAACUGUAUUUGAAAUAUUAUUUGGUACGGCGUUGUAUCUUGUCCAUGUUUUCUUUUGCUGAUGUUCAUAAUUUUCCAUUUUUCCACCUCAGUGUGUUAACUGGUAAUAAGAAGGUCUUACCCUUUCUGUGAAUAAUAUUGUUGCUAAUAAAUUAUAUUGUCUUGGAGCCAAGCAAA